AGCAGCUGAACGUAAGUAAUCUACGCAUGUACAGACUUCGUCGCUGGCACAGGUGUAUGUUUAAAUUAUACACAUGUUGACGAAUGCGUGAAAAAAACGGGAAGAGUAUCUUAACUCCCGGAUUCCGUACACUUCAUACGAGCAAGGAGUUUCCUUCUCUCGUCACGUGUUGAUUUCUACAGACCCGUGUCUGGAUAAGAAUGGCAAGCGAGGGCAGUGAAACGCGAAACCCGGCGGAGGGUGGACCUCCCAAACUGCAGUUUGUUCCCUUCAGUAGUGCUUUGGAUGCGGGGUUUUGGCAUGAACUGACCCAGAAGAAACUCAAUGAGUACAAGCUUGACGAGACUCCAAAAGCGAUCCGAGGAUAUUACUAUAAUGGAGAUCCUGCUGGUAUGCCAGCUCGUUUGACGCUAGAAUUUAGUGCUUUUGAUAUGAAUGCCCCAACACCGGCACGAUGCUGUCCUGCUCUUGGAACAUUGUAUAACACCAAUACCUUGGAAGCGUUCAAAUCCUGCGACAAGAAGUUUCUUCUGGAUCAAGCAGCAAGUGAGGUAUGGAACGCAAUAACAUCGGGGGAUGCGGCUGAAAAUCCUGUCUUACUGAACAGAUUUCUCCUAUUGACAUUUGCAGAUUUAAAGAGAUAUCGUUUCUAUUACUGGUUUUGUUACCCUGCAUUGUGCCUCCCAGAAGGUAUCCCUUUGAUUCAGCAACCUGUGUGCCUAGGUGCAAAGUUCUCUCCAGCUCAGAUUCAGGCACUCCAGAAUGCAUAUGACGAACUUUGCCAGAAAGAAGGUCUAACAGCCCUGCCUUAUUUUUUAAUCAAGUACCAUGAUGAUUCCAUCCUUGUGUCUUUGCUUAAAAACUGGGAUGACUUCUUUCCUGAUCAAAGGGAAAAGGUGACACUUGGUGUUUAUGACCCAUGUAAUUUUGCCCAAUAUCCAGGAUGGCCACUGAGAAAUAUAUUGGUCCUGACAGCGUAUAGAUGGGGCAGCCACCUCCGUUCAGUGGAAGUGCUGUGUUUCAGGGACAGGACCAUGCAGGGAGCAAGAGACAUUUCGCACAGUACCAUUUUUGAAAUAAAGCUUCCACAGGUGGCACAGAGUUCAGAUUGCCCAAAAGCUGUUGGAUGGGAGAAAAAUCAAAAGGGAAGUAUGGGCCCAAGAAUGGUCAAUCUAAGUGAGUGUAUGGACCCCAAAAGGUUAGCUGAAUCAUCCGUGGAUCUUAAUCUUAAAUUGAUGUGUUGGCGGUUAGUGCCUACUCUCGACCUGGAGAAAGUUGUGUCUGUGAAGUGUCUUCUCCUAGGAGCUGGUACGCUGGGUUGUAGUGUAGCCAGAACCUUGAUGGGAUGGGGAGUCCGGAAGAUCACCUUUGUGGACAAUGCAAAGAUCUCUUAUUCCAACCCUGUGCGGCAGCCACUGUAUGAGUUUGAAGACUGUCUCGGGGGUGGGAAGUCCAAAGCAGUUGCAGCAGCAGACAAACUUCAAAAAAUAUUCCCAGGAGUGAAUGCUGAAGGUUUUAAUAUGAGUAUCCCAAUGCCAGGUCACCCAGUGAAUUUUUCAGAAGUCACCUUGGAGCAAGCUCGCAAGGAUGUGGCACAUCUGGAAGAGCUUAUUGAUAGUCAUGAUGUCAUCUUUUUGUUAAUGGACACCAGGGAAAGCCGAUGGCUUCCUGCUGUUAUUGCAGCCAGCAAGAGAAAGCUGGUCAUUAAUGCAGCUUUGGGAUUUGACACAUUUGUUGUGAUGAGACAUGGGCUAAAGAAACCAAAGCAUCAAGAGGUGGGCGAUUCUCCCUGCAAUAAUCCCUCUGGCUCAGCUGAUCUCUUAGGAUCAUCGCUCUUCUCAAAUAUUCCUGGUUACAAACUUGGCUGCUAUUUCUGCAAUGAUGUUGUGGCACCAGGAGAUUCCACCAGGGAUCGGACAUUGGAUCAGCAAUGCACGGUCAGUCGACCAGGAUUAGCCAUGAUAGCAGGAGCACUUGCUGUUGAAUUAAUGGUAUCUAUUUUACAGCACCCAGAAGGUGGCUAUGCUGUUGCUAGUAGUAGUGAUGACAGAAUGAAUGAACCUCCUACAUCUCUUGGGCUUGUGCCCCACCAGAUUCGAGGCUUUUUAUCAAGAUUUGAUAAUGUCCUUCCUGUCAGCCUGGCUUUUGACAAGUGCACUGCCUGUUCUCCCAAAGUCCUUGACCAGUAUGAGAGAGAAGGCUUUAAUUUCCUAGCAAAGGUUUUUAAUUCCUCGCAUUCCUUCUUAGAAGAUCUCACAGGUCUGACUCUGUUGCAUCAGGAGACCCAAGCUGCUGAGAUCUGGGACAUGAGCGAUGAUGAAACACUCUGAAAGCCCACUGAACAAAAUGGAAGACUGCCUACAUAGGGUUGUGUUGGUGCCCUUUUAUUGGUCAUUUGACGUUAAAGAUUGCUUACUUAACUCUCAGUGUUACAAAUAUAAACACAUAAACAUCUUUGGUAAGGAUGGGACAAUGUGGCAAUCUGAAAUCAGCUCUACUGUGAGUGUAACUCUUCUUUUUAUUGUGUGUAUAUAUAUAUAUCUUACCUGUAAGUCAGUUAAAAUUUAAAAUUCUUUCUAUUUUUUCUGUUUCUAAACACAGCUUAUAUUUAAAAUAUCUCUUAAGUAAACUACUUUGUUUCUUUUU